AGAACGCACAGCAACAUUCGGAGGCAAGUCAGGUGGUCAUGUUGCCGGAACUGGGACACGUCUCUGAGAAUAUAGCAUGCCCGUCCAGCUUGGAGCGCAUGGUAGGUCUUGUGACCGUCAUCUGCAGAGCAGGCAGUGAUUGAGCCCUGCGUGGGAGCCAGCAGGGGGGAGACCCGACCCAACUGCUGGAGCGAGCCAGCCGGAGCCUCCAGAGAGGGCGGCCCUGAGCGGCCCACGUGUGUUAGAUGCGGUCACUCCCUGAACCUCACAUCAGCCCUUGGAGGUUCUUUAUGUCUUCUUGAGUCAGUUUUGCCUCCAGCUCUUCACCGGCGUGCCCUGCAGCCCCCGUGAUAUCACAGCACAUGUACCCAGAUGUUUGGUCCUGACGUGUUAAAGGAAGGUGCAGCAUCUGUUUUCGCUCUUUUCUGAUUGGAACAUCAGCUAACAGUUAAUCACUUCCAGUCCUCCUCCACACCCACCCACGUCCUUCGAUCUCUGGGCUCCAGAGAGGAAGCAGGUCUUGGGGCGCACCAUGAUUUCACCAUUACUAGUGCUGGUCGUUGGCACCUGCCUUACCAACUCCCUAGUGCCAGAGAAAGAGAAAGACCCCAACUACUGGCGAAACCAAGCCCAGCAGACCCUGAAAAAUGCCCUGGGCCUUCAGAAGCUCAAUACCAAUGUGGCCAAGAACGUCAUCAUGUUUCUGGGAGAUGGGAUGGGCGUCUCCACGGUCACGGCCGCCCGCAUCCUCAAGGGUCAGCUCCACCACAGACCUGGGGAGGAGACCAAGCUGGAGAUGGACAAGUUCCCCUUCGUGGCCCUCUCCAAGACCUACAACACCAACGCCCAGGUCCCUGACAGCGCGGGCACCGCCACCGCCUACCUGUGCGGGGUGAAGGCCAACGAGGGCACCGUGGGGGUGAGUGCGGCCACAGAGCGCACCCGCUGCAACACCACGCAGGGGAACGAGGUCACCUCCAUCCUGCGCUGGGCCAAGGACGCUGGGAAGUCCGUGGGCAUCGUGACCACCACGCGGGUGAACCACGCCACCCCCAGCGCCGCCUACGCCCACUCGGCCGACAGGGACUGGUACUCGGACAACGAGAUGCCCCCGGAGGCCCUGAGCCAGGGCUGCAAGGACAUCGCCUACCAGCUGGUGCACAACAUCAAGGACAUCGACGUGAUCAUGGGAGGUGGUCGCAAGUACAUGUUCCCUAAGAAUAAAAGCGACGUGGAGUACCGGAUGGACGAGAAGGCCGGGGGCACGCGGCUGGACGGCCUGGACCUCGUGGACAUCUGGAAGAGCUUCAAGCCCAAACAAAAGCACUCCUUCUUUGUCUGGAACCGCACGGCACUCCUGGCCCUGGACCCCAACACUGUGGACUACCUCUUGGGUCUCUUCGAGCCUGGGGACAUGCAGUACGAGCUGAACAGGAACAACGUGACUGACCCGUCACUCUCCGAGAUGGUGGGGGUGGCCAUCAAGAUCCUGAAGAAGAACCCCAAAGGCUUCUUCUUGCUGGUGGAAGGAGGCAGGAUCGACCACGGGCACCACGAGGGCAAAGCCAAGCAGGCGCUGCACGAGGCGGUGGAGAUGGACCGGGCGAUUGGACAGGCAGGGACCAUGACCUCCCCGGAAGACACACUGACCGUGGUCACUGCUGAUCACUCCCACGUCUUCACCUUUGGUGGAUACACCCCCCGCGGCAACUCCAUCUUUGGUCUGGCCCCCAUGGUGAGCGACACAGACAAGAAGCCCUUCACCGCCAUCCUGUACGGCAACGGACCUGGCUACAAGGUGGUGGACGGCGAGCGGGAGAACGUAUCCAUGGUGGACUAUGCUCACAACAACUACCAGGCCCAGUCAGCCGUUCCCCUGCGUCACGAGACCCACGGCGGGGAGGACGUGGCCGUCUUUGCCAAGGGCCCCAUGGCACAUCUGCUGCACGGAGUCCACGAACAGAACUACAUCCCCCACGUGAUGGCGUACGCGGCCUGCAUCGGGGCCAACCUGGACCACUGCGCCCAGGUCAGCUCGGCGGGCAGCCCCCCUCCGGGGCCCCUGCUGCUCCCGCUGGUGCUGCUCCCCCUGAGCAUUCUGUUCUGAGGGCUCAGGGCCCUGGCACCCACAAAGCCCAAGCAGAUGGCCAGCUUCUCUCUCCCGAAGCUGCCCACUGCCCAGCAGCCCACACCUUCAGGGCAGGGAGGCAAAGGCCUCCGCAGCCUCUGCAGCUGCCAGAACGGGGACCCAGGAACCAGAGCCUGCUGCCCACCUCGCUCCCUUCUGGAAUCCUCCACGGGGCCAGGCUGACUCCUGGCCUCUGCUCUUGAACCUCUCCACUGCCCUUGGCCACCAGGGUAGGUUCCUCUUGGGCAGGCGGAGCACAGACUGCAGAAAUUCUCAAAGCAUCUUAUUUUUCUAACAAAUACACUUCUCCAGACCCACAAGGCUGCAAGCGUCACUGGAACGUUCCAGAUCCAACCCUCUCCUUCCCUUUGCCUUCCUCCGGAACCCAGUAGGCCCCACGCUCACGUCUUGGUCCCCAAGCCCAGCCAUGCCUGGGGACCAGGCCUCUCUCCUCAGGAUGGGGGUCACUCACUCCGAAGUUGCCAGGCUCCCAGGAAGCCACCCCGAGACUGGCUGGCCCCCAGGGUGGCCAAGCUGGGCAGAGCAGUCUGCGGGGGUCUGUGUCCCCGGCUCUGCACACAGGUGCCAGGUCCUUUGCUGAAGCGACUCUCCUGUUUGGAAGGGUAAAAAAAAAAAAAAAAAAAAAAAAAAAAAAAUCUCCUCUCGGU